GCUUUUUCGUAUACUGCGUUACAAUGCAGUCGGUGUUCGCCUCACAAGUCGUAUUCUAAAAUCCUUAUCUAAUAUCUGGAACAUUCAGUGAUAUCGCUAGAUCCUUAAUAACUACUAUCUGACAUUUCAGCAAAAAGUUACUAAGUGCAUUAAUCAGUCCCUUAUUUCGUCGUUGGAAUGGAGAAAGAAAGAAUAAAAAGUGUAAUCGAAUUCUUCUCUACUCCAUUGGAUGAAGAAGAGCUAAUCGAUGGAGAAAGUAAACCCGAUGAACUGUACACCCUCUGUGAUGAUCCCAUGCAAGUACCCAUCAAACUCAUCGAUGAACAACUAAGGUUCGUUAAUCUUGCAACAGUUCAAGACCUUUUUGUUGACAAUUCAGGAUUUCUUGUUGUUGGCGCCAUUGGUUUACAGGGUUCAGGUAAAUCGUCUGUGUUAAAUAUUUUGGCGAAUUGCAUUUCUGACGGUUGUGGAGUUUUUGAUGGUCCUUUUAAUAUUCAAACUCUCAAGGAUGUAGUAACUAACAGCCCGUCUACUGCUGGUAUUAACUUAUAUAUUACACAAGAUCGUGUAAUUCUUCUGGAUGCCCAACCUCUUCUUUCAUUUGCACUCACCAACUAUCACACUCACUUGGUUGCUACUGGUAAUAUAACAUCUUCGUCCUCGAGUACUCAUCCAGGGCUCUCGUCUCUUACAGGUCCUGGUAAUUGGAACAUGGAUAUUUGGGCUGAAAUGGCUUCUAUGCAGAUUGUCGCCUUUUUAAUAAAUGUAUGCCAUGUUGUACUUGUUGUCAGUGAUAAUUUAACUACUGCUUCAACUCAGUUACACCGGCUUAUCGAUAGAGCAAUAAGUCUUAAACCAACUGUUUUUACACCGAAUGCCAUGCCAAUCCAUGCACUACGUGGUCGUCAACAUUCUGAUAUACAUAACAAGUCAUCAGAUAAUAAUAAGAAUUGUACAGAUAUAAAAAAAUUGACAACUAGUGUACAAGGUUUACAAAUUUCUAAUGUAAAUAAAACUAAUCCAUCUAUUAUCAACAAAGAUAAUAAAAGUUUAGAAGUUGAAGAUGUUGACAUUUUAUCUUUGUCUGAACAACAACAAUUUAUUGGGAAUUAUUCUACAUCAAAUAACAUUCUUGGACAAUAUCUUCAUUCUACUGAAGCUGAGUCUAAAGACGUUACAAAUGCAAUCAAUCGACUAAUAAAUUUAACUGAUUAUUCAGCCUCAUUAAUUCAUGUAUAUAAUCAGGCCCCAGCAGCUGCAUUUCUUGACCCGGUUGUGUGUGAAAAAUUAGAUAGGUAUAGGAAUAAAAUACUACCACUUAUGUACCCAGAGUACAGAAGGUUAGUAUCACUUGUUACUGUUGGUCCAAGAAUUUUAUCCGCUCACCUUCAGUCACGAAAUCGUGAUCAACCUACAACUGCACGUCAAAACUCUGCACAAAAUGAUACUCCUACUGAAAUAAAUCGAAACACUACUGACGUAAAGCUAACUAAAAACAGUUCAGAAAAUCGUUUAGUCCCUGACAAUUUUACCGCGCAAAAUUAUCCAGGUUUUCUUGAUACUCAGGAAAAUUCUGUCUUACCUACUCCAUCAGGACUUUCCGAACCGUCCUCAGUUUCAUCAGACAAAGGACUUGCAUCAUCACAAAAGCCUUCGAAUAUCAGCGCAGAAACGUUGACUUCAGUAGAAGUUGAUAAUGAGUCAAAACCUAAUCCAACCCACUGUUUAACUUCAUUAAAUACAAUUCAAGAAAAAUCAAAACCUUUUUCUGGUGAAAAACCUGAUGGGUACAUUCCCUUGGAUAACAGUAACAAUAAUAGUAAUAAUUGUGUUAAAAAAUUUGGCUUAUCGGAAUCAGAGAUAGUAUCGCAGUGUUGCAAUGUUUUGCAUAAUGUAGAAGAUGAACUCAAUUCUGUUUUAAAACACACUAACUUAUCCGCUGGUGUAGACCAUCACAAGAAGAUUGUAGAGAAACGAUCAGGAAUAUUACCCGUCGAAGGUCAGCUCCCUGAUAAUGAUUUACUACAUAUACCUGGUAUUAAUGGUGAGAAGUUGAAUGCCAGUCUUGUUCAAAUGUAUCAUGAUGUACAGACUACUAGAUGUAACUUUUUCGAUGUUCAAAAGCGAUUAGAUCAACCAAGAUUAUUCUUGAUACCAGAAGUUGACGAUGAAGGACAUUCACCAUUAGGGUGUCCAACAUACUUAACAUCAGCCCGUAUCUUACAAGAAGCUGUUUUCUCUACUCCUCGACAGCAUAUGAUGCCUAAUUUUACAGAGAAGAAAUGGAUAACAUAUGUUCAUAAAAUGUGGGAUGCUGUAAUACAUUCCCCUUUGUUCCUCGAUUAUCAUUCCGUUCGGAUGAAUCAGAUUUAAAUGUUGCUACUUUUGAAAGACUGUUUAAUACUAUAUUUUAUUACAGUAAUUUAUCUUUACAUGAAAUAUAAUUACACUUUUUCUUGCUGUCUUCUUAUUUUGAGUAUCUUCCUGGUUGGCCUCAAGCUUCAGUGGUUCACAACGACUGAAUCUUUUAGGUUACUUGUAAAAAUGAGUACUUUCUUCAUCUAAAGUUUUUUAAAAUAACAUUUACUUUUGUCAUACGCGAUUGAGGUGACCUAAUAAGCAUAACUUGAAAUUGUGUAAUUUUGGAUUUGAAUUCUAUCAUUUCUAGAUUCGAUUACUAAUGAGUUGAUAACUGUGUUGAAUCAUUUGACCGGAAAAAUCAGCUCUGCGUGGAAAACCAGAAUCCUAAACAAUGCAAAAGCAGGAAAUACAAUGAACAGCUUGGAUGCGGCUAGAUGAUUUGGACUUCUCAGAUGACCUAGCCCUUCUAUCUCAUACACACAAGCAAAUGCAGACGAAGACAUCUAGUUUAGCGGCAGCCUUUGCAUCAGUAUGCCUCAACAUCUACAAGAGAAAAAACAAGAUCCUCAAAUACAACACACAGAGAACCAACCCAACCACACUUGAUAGAGAAGCUCUGGAACAGGCGGAAACUCACGUGCCUGGUCAGCAUCAUCGAUAAACGAGGUGGAUCUGAUGCAGACGUAAAGGCAAGGAUUGGCAAGGCAAGGGCAGCAUUUCUACAAUUGAAGACAACACGGAAUUCAAAAUAACUGUCAGAAUCUUUAAUGCAGACGUCAACACAUUUCCACUAUACGGAGCUGAAACUUGGAAAACUACUACAACCAUCAUCAGCUAUUUAUAAGCAACUGUCUACGCAAGAUACUCAAUUUCAGUCGAUCGAAUAUCAUCAGCAACAGCCUACUGUGGGAGAGAACAAACCAGCCUCCAGCCGAGGGGAAAAUUAGGAUGCUGAAGGUGGACAGGAUAUACACUAUGGAGAUCGAAAAAUAUAAGAAUCAUCACAAUUAAGUUUCGUGAACGUAAAAAUUGGAUUAGUAUAAACAGUGAAGCGUAACUGGGGCGGCCUGUCGUCGCAGACCGAUUUUAUUCUGGUUAUGAUACUAAGCACCGCACCUAUGUUCACUAGAAAAUUCAUACUUUAAUUCCUCUCUCUAACGUAAAACAAGCGACUUUGUGGACCCCUCAACAGUUGUAAUAGCCUAUGAAGACCUGUUCGUUUUCCACAUUCUUAAAAUUUUAUUUAGGUCGGGUGCAUAGUGGACUGUAUUAAGCUGAUUCGACGUAAAAUUUCCAGUGCUUUUGGGUCACAGUCUUAAAGAUACUUUUGAUGCCUCCAGCGAGUUUGGUUACGACCAGGUCGUUUGAUGGUUCUUCACUGUGUCGUUGGUGGAAGUUUCUGCUCCAGUCAUUGCUUAGGGCUGGCUUAACCAUAGUGUUGUCGCCUACUAAACAUUGAAGAUAACGCAAAAAUUGGUGUGGUAACCUGCCACAUAAUGUUCCUCCUUGAAAAAGGUCUUGGAUUCUUCAACGGUUCACCACUUCAUGCCUUGUGGUCGUACACGUUUUCUACGUAAAAGGACCUCGUGUCAAGUCAAGAACUUCUUUAACAACUGAUAGGAGGUGCACAAAUCUCUGUAUCUAAUUCCUUCUGAUCUAAUGUUGUGUCUGGUAAAUAGUGCUGUAUUUGAGCAGAUCACAACUCCAAGUAACUUUAGUGAACUCUAAACACCUCACAUUUGAAUAGAGAGUCCUUCCGUUUGAUCAUUUUAACGGAGUAUAUUUCGUCACAGAAUGCUAAGCAUUUCUGUAUUGCACUAGAAAUACGUCUACCCCCUCCAGGUCAUUAAAUCUGGAAGCAGCAACGGAAUAAUUAGCAAAG